AACAUUUAUGGAAUCGAGUGGAACCAACGAUGCGUGUAUUUAUUUACUUUGGACAUCAGAUCUUCUCAUUUUUCUAGCAAUAUUUUUUAUUGUCCGUAAUAAUAUUCAUCAGGAAUAAUGGAUGGACUAUUCACAUUUUAAAAGUUUUAUUUAUUCAAAAAGAUUAUGGCUGGAUCAGCAUUAAAAAGACUCAUGGCAGAGUAUAAACAGCUUACACUUAAUCCUCCAGAAGGUAUUAUUGCUGGACCAGUUAAUGAAGAAAAUUUCUUUGAAUGGGAAGCCUUAAUAAUGGGUCCGGAGGGCACAUGGUUCGAAGGUGGUAUAUUUCCAGCCAGAUUAACUUUUCCAACAGAUUACCCUUUAAGUCCACCUAAAAUGAAGUUCACAUGUGAAAUUUUUCAUCCUAAUAUAUAUCCCGAUGGUCGAGUAUGCAUAUCAAUUUUACAUGCGCCUGGGGAUGAUCCUAUGGGUUACGAAACAAGCGCAGAGAGGUGGAGUCCAGUACAAAGUGUUGAGAAAAUAUUACUUUCAGUUGUCAGUAUGCUGGCUGAACCUAAUGAUGAAAGUGCUGCGAAUGUUGAUGCUGCAAAAACUUGGAGAGAGGAUCGCCAAAAAUUUCAAGAAAUUGCUCAAAGAACUGUCAGAAAGUCAUUAGGCUUAUAGCAUUAUUUUAUUUUAAUGAAACUAAAUAUUGUCUAUUAGUAUAUAAAACCACAUACAAAAUUUUAUUCUAAGGAAUGAGCAAUUUACCUGAAAUUAUUUGUACAGUUCUUAUUUUUUCCUGCAGUAUUUAAAAGGUGUUAAUCUACUUUGCCUUUGAAGUACAGAAUUUUGAAGGUAUAAGCAAUGCAUGGAAACCCAGCAUUUUUUUUAAAGGGGAUAAGGGCAGAGUUGUCUGUCAUCAUGGAGAGUUUGUAUCACUUGAAAGUCUAAAAUGAAGACAAUUUAUGUGCUAUGAUAAAAAUUAAGUCCUCAAAAUAUAACAGGGUUUACAGUACCAUAUUUUCCAGUGUAUAGUACGCUAUCAUGUAUAAGAUACCGGGUGAGUUUGACAGGGUCAUUUCUAGGAAAAGGAAAUACUUAAUAUUGAAAUUUCUGCAAUGGUUUGACUGAGUUUUAACAUUUCAUGAUAAUGGAUUACCGUAUUAUCUGAGUAAAAACUGGCUAGGUACAGAGUUGUGAAAGUACAAGUCUGAGUUACUGAGAUUUUAUUCAGUAUCUUGUCUUUUUUUCCAACGGUCGUGUUACUAAACGGCUAAACGAUAAAAAAUUCUGCAAUUUUAUAUUAUUUAAAAAAAAAAUUUAGGCUAAGGAUAAUAAGUGUGUCAGAACAAUGUAUACCGCAUUUCAAAUAUUUAUAAUUCUGAUGUAGUUAGAUUUGGUGUUGAACUUCACAUCUUAGGUUAAGGGAUUAAUAUUUGAGUAAGAACUCUGGUGAUAAGUCAGGGAAUGAAUAUUAAUAAGACAUAAUCAUGUUAUAAACGUUACAUAUUAUAUAACUGUAUAUUAUUAAUAUAUUUGUCAUUUAUCAGAAAAUUAUAAUUCUACAAUAAAA